ACUUCAGCACCAUCAUUGCACAGUGCAUCCACAUCCUCAUUCUUAUCCCCCACUUGUGCUCAUUUUUCUCCACCCCCCUUUCUUACCGCUACCCCUUCUCCCCUGUUAUUUCCCUCAGCCACCUUGCAGAAGACCUUCACUUCCCAUCAGGAAUAUAGCAGCAAGGAAGCAGUCGAUCUGCAAUUACAUUCAUUCGGCCCCUCCUCUACUCUUCAACUUCUCCUCCGCCAUCCAUUUUCAUUUGCUUUCCACAUUCCGGCAUCCUGAAGCUUCUCCCCUCAAGCUUAUUAUCCAUCUCCAUCUGCUCACUACCACCUUUUCCCAUUUCCCCCUGGCCUGCUGGUUACCCAGGAUGCCUUGUUCCAGGCCCCUUCGCUAGGCCCUAGCAGCAUGGGCGGAGCCUGGGCGGGAAGCGAGAGAACGGAUCGGACCCUUCCCCUCAGGACGGGCACGCUGGCGGGUCACCCUCCUUCAGCUUCAGAUGGGCGAGGACGCUGAGAGCCCCAAGAUCAACCACACCUUCCUACGAGACUAUGUCACUGAAGCUGAUGUCAUCUCCACGGUGGAGUUCAACCAGACAGGGGACCUACUGGCCACGGGGGACAAAGGAGGCCGAGUGGUCAUCUUCCAGAGAGAAACAGAGUCUAAAGGGGAGUCCGAGGAGGUGUUGGAGAUCGGGGACUCAGGGGAGUAUAAUGUAUACAGCACGUUCCAGAGCCACGAGCCAGAUUUUGACUACCUGAAGAGUCUGGAGAUUGAAGAAAAAAUCAACAAGAUUAAAUGGCUGUCACAACAGAAUGCUGCUCAUUUUCUCCUUUCCACCAAUGAUAAGACCAUUAAACUGUGGAAGGUGAGUGAAAGAGACAAGAGACCAGAGGGCUAUAACCUGAAAGAUGAGGAGGGCCGGCUCAAGGACAUCUCCACCAUCACCUCCCUGCAGGUGCCGAUACUGAAACCCACAGAUUUGAUGGUGGAGGUCCGCCCCAGACGAGUGUUCUCCAACGGUCACACCUACCAUGUCAACUCCAUUUCAGUCAACAGUGACGGGGAGACCUACCUGUCAGCUGAUGACCUCCGUAUCAAUAUGUGGCAUCUGGGCAUCACUGACCGCAGCUUCAACAUUGUGGACAUAAAGCCAACCAACAUGGAGGAUCUUACAGAGGUAAUCACGGCAGCAGAGUUCCACCCGCAACACUGUCACCUGUUUGUGUACAGCAGUAGCAAGGGCACCCUGCGCCUCUGCGACAUGAGAUCCUCUGCGCUUUGUGACAAACACACAAAAUUAUUUGAAGAACCUGAAGAUCCAGGGAGCCGCUCCUUCUUUUCCGAAAUCAUCUCCUCUGUGUCAGAUGUCAAGUUCAGCCACAGUGGGCGUUAUCUUCUGACCAGAGACUACCUCACUGCCAAGGUGUGGGACUUGAACAUGGACAAAGGCCCUGUGGAGACAUAUCAGGUCCAUGAAUAUCUAAGGAGUAAGCUGUGCUCACUCUACGAGAACGACUGCAUCUUUGAUAAAUUUGAGUGUGUUUGGAACAGUUCAGACAGUGUAAUCAUGACGGGCGCAUACAACAGCUUCUUCCAGAUGUUCGACAGAGAGACGGGCCGGGGUGUGACCCUCGAGGCCUGGCGAGAGAGCAGCAAGCCACGGGCUGUGUUACGUACCCGUCGGGUUUACACCGGAGGAAAACGUCGCCGAGGAGAUGUCGGCGUCGAUAGCUUGGACUUCAGCAAGAAGAUCCUUCACAUGGCUUGGCAUCCAUCAGAGAACAUCAUCGCUAUAGCAGCCACCAACAACCUGUACAUUUUCCAGGAUCGUGUCAACCCGGAAACACAGUGACACAGAUGGGGGACUAAAUUAACAAUUGACAAAGAUGUCUGUGUGCAGAAGUUGUCACACCUGCACAGUGAGACUUGAGGAAUAACCAACAAACGGUGACCUUUAUUUGAUCUUCUAUAAAUUGUGUGUCUCCUACACCUCCCAUACACUUUUUCUAAUAGAGGUGCAGGGACAUCUCUCCAUCUGCAAUGACCAUGAAAUGUUGACUCCUCACUGAUGUGCUCUAGAAGUAUUUAACAAGUGUGUUGGUUAGCACCACAGAACGAUUGUUUGAUACUACAAAAUGAUAGCUAAGUCGUGGUCUUCACUUGCCACAAUCGUGGUAGUGGUGAUCUUGUAUGAUGACCACAAUAACCGAAAUUUAUUUAUUAUCUUUUUUUUUUUCCUUGGGUCACAAUUGCAGCAGAAUUUCUCUUUUUGAGCAGCGCUCUAGGAGGUUGGAUGCAAAAAGUGACCCGUUGUCCACUUUGCAAUAAUAGCAAUUCAAAACAGUCCGGCAGUAUUUCUGCUUUAAAAUCAUGAGCUCUUCUGCAGGUAACAAAUGUAUACACUUUUUACUGUAUGCUGUAAAUAGCCAGUGUUAUUUUUUACGCCGCUUUUGUUUCUAGAGUGCUAAACGUAUAAAAUAGAUUGUUAAAUACACUACAAGUGAACAUGAACCACAUUUAUUGACGCAACUCACUAAUCCAAAAUAUUUGAUGCAAUAGCUUUGGUAUAUAUAUGUGUUGCUGGUUAGACAGAGAGAGGUAUUACGCACAAAUCAACAAUUGAAUUAAAUUGUACAUAAUUGCCAUGUUGGGCUUGUCUUGACUUUUAGAUUGCUGCUAUUCUCGUCGUGGAAAACAAAAAAGUUACAAGGACACAGAUCAAACACGCCAACAUUAAGCCCGAUCAAAUGAGAAAUGGGCUAAAGUUGUAAAUUGUAACAUUUAAAUGUGAAUGUAAAGUUUACAAUCAUUAAGACGGAGGAAUCUAAGCACACCGUGCAUAAAUAAGCCCCUUGAUUCAACUGAUUAUUAAGGUUUAUGUGCAUGAAGGUCAGAGGUCAUUAUAAAUACCAUAGCUCAAAGUAAAAGCUCACUGUUUAUAUAUCUCGCUGUAGAUUCUUUGACAUUGAAACUAGAAUGUCAUGUCAAUGUAUCUUUGAAAUUAUGGUUGUUAUGGUCAUCACACUUUUUACCUCACAGUGCCACACGCAACGUUGGGGUGCACCACCGAAAGCCACAAUGUACAGUGUCGUAAUAAGGUGACGUGUAUUGGAUCGAACGGUGUGACUUGGUCACACAUUGAUUGUUUACAGUGAAGUGCUUUGUUUUUAAGUGACCUUGGUCCCAGUGUGACUAUUAGAACUGGUUUUGGAUGUGGGACGGUCUCAGUGCAGGGUUGGAAUGGAGUGUGUUGAAUCGUUGCUGCAAAAAGUGUUCAUUGUAUGAAACCAGGCAUCCCAAAAAGAAAUCGUUGGAACCGAACGACAUUUUCCUCACAAUCGUCCACACACUUUUAAACUACAGUAUUCUUAUUGGUGUCCGCGAGCUAUCUCGAACAUAGAGCGCCUUGAUCUAUCUGGUUUGGCAGAAUAUUAUCCAUCACCCACAAGAAAAUAGUUUAUGUAAUAGAAAACAUUAUAUAAGUUUCAGGACUUUGUGCUCCAAUGGUGAUUUACAACCUGUCAGUUGUGAUUAUGUCAUUAAAUACAACCCAAGAGAGGAUUUUAGUUCAGGGGUGCAGCAGCAGCAGCAUGUUGCCACUACUCAGUAUUACUCAAUUGUAUAUUAGAAAUGUUUAAAGAUUGAAGAAAAAAAUGUGAAUGAUGGAAUGUGCAUUAAUAAAAUGAAUCUGACUUCA